UUAUUCCAGCACAUUUGUGGCAUGUCGAUAUAAGUGUAUAUGAAGUUAAAUGAUGAUUGUUGUUGUUGUAGUAGCAACAUUACUUUACAUUAAGAACACACUUCAUACAAAUAUUAUACAUACAAACAUUUUGAAAUACAUUUCUUUAAUAAAUAUGAAAAAUCGACCAUGUCCUCUAAGAGCUCUUUAAGAAUGACCUCAGUUUUAACGCCAGUCAGCACAAAUAUGAGUGACUGUUUUAAUGUGACUACAUCAGUAAUAUCAUUGGGGUGAUCCGUGAUGUUUAUUCUUGUAUAUUUAUUUAGUAUUUGGGGUUAAAACGUUGCUUUUGUAGCCUCUGGACUAAACAGCUGGUACACACAAGAUGGCGAUAAAGGAUCACUGCAGCUUAUCGCCCCGCCCCCUUCUCCUAUUGGCCAGAAGUAACGCUCGUUAUUGGUCGCUGGUUUAAACAGACUUUUGUCUGUGGCAGUUGAGGGGAAAGACAACAACCAAUCACAAUGCAGCUUGGAGCUGCUUCAGGUUCAAAUUUUGUGUCGUAAAACAUGUAGAAAAUAUUUCAUUACGGAAUAAAAUUAUCAGCAUUUUUUUUAACAAAAGAUUUCAUGCUUAAAAUUCUAAUAUUUUCCUUUUCUAAAAAUCCUGUAGCAGUUGAUGAGAUCAGAUGAGAUCAGAUGAGAUCAGAUGUGUCUCAGUGUUUAUCCCCAGAGGAACAGCCACAGUAAACACACGUGUGUGUGACGGUUCAGACUGAAGGACACAUUCACAGGACACUGAAAGCUGGACAUUUUGGGAAGGUCAGUGUUUGAGUAACAUCAUGCAUUGCCCACUGCGGGGGGACUCACAUUACUGUGGGUCUAAAGCUCAGAGUAAAGGGACUGGAUCCGAUAACCAGGAACAUGUUCAUCAUAUCAGAAGAAGUCCAUCUUCUCCAAAAGGAGCUCCCAAGAAAAGAUCUGCCUUUGUUGACCUUACAAAUACCAAAAAAGUCCAGAAUGAAGCCUGUGUCAAGAACAUCAACGUGUCCAAGAAGACACAGACAAGCAAAGUGGUUAUAAAAGCUAACGACAACCUAAAAGUGUCUAAACACAUGUUCACUGAGGAACAGAGUAAAACAGCUGAAGAUCAGAUGGAUCGUGUGAAGGACUUUAUAUCAUCAGACCCUGGUGUGUCUUCUGCUAAGGAGUGGCCUGCAGUCCAAAAACAAAUGGUCCCAGAAGAGUCUGAUGUUGAUCCGGAGCAAGCUGAAGACUGUUUGAGUCAAGAGUACACUAAAGAUAUUUUUGUCUACCUCAGGAACCGAGAGGAGAAAUUUGUCUUGACUGAUUACAUGCACGCUCAACCAGACCUGAACGCGAGUAUGAGAGGGAUUCUGAUCGACUGGAUGGUGGAAGUCCAGGAAAACUUUGAGCUGAAUCAUGAAACUCUGUACCUGGCGGUGAAGCUGACGGAUCACUACCUGUCCAUCACAGAGGUGAUGAGAGAAUCGCUUCAGCUCAUCGGAUCCACGGCGAUGCUCAUCGCUGCCAAGUUUGAAGAACGCUGUCCUCCGGGGAUUGAAGACUUCCUGUACAUUUGUGAUGAUGCCUAUGAGAGACAGGAAUUCCUUGUAAUGGAAAGGAAAAUUCUCCAAGGACUUAACUUUGACAUUAACAUCCCUGUGCCUUACAGGUUCCUCAGGCGUUACGCAAAGGUGGCUCAUGCUAGCAUGGAGACGCUAACUUUAGCACGCUAUGUGUGUGAACUGAGCCUGCUGGAGCUGGAGCUGGUGCCGGAGCGAGCGUCGCGCUUAGCCUCCGCCUGCCUCCUCCUCGCCCUCAUCACUAACAGUCUGGGACACUGGACGGUGGCGCUGCAGCACCACAGCGGUUACACACUGCGUGAACUCGGCCCGCUGGUCAGGAGACUGUACGCCAUGCUGGCCUGUCCUGCAGACGAGAACCUCAGAGCUGUGGAGAACAAGUACUCUCACAAAGUUUUCUUUGAAGUUGCGAGGAUUCCGCUGGUGAACCUCGAGACGUUAGAAGCAGCGAUUUCUGUCCCUGACUUCACUCCGGAUUAAAGAAAACGUCCAGAGAAUCUGUUCACUACACUUUAAUUAUUUAUUAUUUGUAUAUAUUUAAUUGUUGUAGUUUUGUACAAGCUUUAAAGGUUUAUAUUCCGUAAUGUCGUUUAUCAAGAUAGUUAUUUUAAUGAAGUGGAAACUAAGCAUGUGAUUAGAGUAGCUCAAGUAAAUAAACCGAACAUCUCUCUUUACUGCAGUGGAUGAUGGAUCUACUUCACAGAUUCUACCCUAUGUGGAGUUUCAUGAUUUUCUUCAUCUUCAUAUGGGGUUCAUUUGUGUUCUCCUGUUUCUUCCCACCUCCCAAAAACAUGCCUGUAUGUGAACUUUAUCCUGGACCGAGCAAAAUAAAGUUACUGAAGUUCUCUGAA